CUUAUUUCUUUUUUUCUCUUGCAGCAUUAAGCUUUUUUGACUCUUUUGUGCCUGAUUGUAAAAAAAUUUUUUGUUCACUUUUAUUCCCUGCUUUUUUUUUAAUUUUAUUUUUCAUGUUGGAUUUUCUCUCGGAGAAUCGGCUUGUCCAACUUGUAUGGCGCAUAGCAAAACGGUCGCCUGGGAGCCGACGUCCCAGUAUCCAAGCAAACCCUGAAGAACUCACACCGCCACUCACCAAACGACAAAAACGCUGGCAAAGCUUUAAAUACCCGUCGGGAGUCAAACCGCAGCACGCAGCUAUUGUACGUUGGUUGGGCCGUAUCGGCUUUGUGGCCAAAGGCAUUGUUUACUCGGUGAUGGGCGGUCUAUGCAUCGCCACCGCCCAAGAUCUCAGCACGGAGGUCAAAGCCGAAUCUCCCAUGGGCGCCUUUUUAUUUCUAGGCUUAUUUGAAAUCGGCGGUACCCCUAUUCUGAUUGCCAUGUUUGUCGGCAUCUUGUUUUACGCUAUAUGGAGAUUUUGGGAAGGCUCCACCGGUCAAGGUUCAGAUAGAACGAUGUCUGUAUUUCAAAACUUCUUUCGUUACAGAUUGUCGCCCAUUGUUUCGGGUAUCGUGUACGUUGUAUAUCUCGUGGUGAUUGGCGAGCUGUUAUCGGAAUCCAUGGAAGAACGCCAUCUUCGAACGACAAGCCAGGUCACCGGUUGCUUCCCCACAUGCUGGGCACAGGGCGAUUGGAUUCAUCAAAUGGCAGUAGCAGUGUUUGGCAUUGCAUUUGUCAUCGCCUUCGUUACACAGAUACAAAACGGCUUCUCGGGACGCUGGUACCGCGAUUUAAUGCUUCAUCAUUGUACCAGAUUUGAGAAAUAUUUCGUCUAUAUGCUCGGUCACCUCGGAUUCCUUGCCCGGGCCGGUGUGUUCAUGUUUGUGGCUGUCUACAUGUUCAGAUCGUUACGACAACCGAUGGUCCCCGAACGUGACCCAUUCUCGGACGCUAUCAACCAAAUUAUUAGUGUCCAUGGCGGAAAAGUCGGGUUGUGGUUUCUUGGCAUAGGACUCAUCAUGUUUGGCCUAUUUGCCGCCCUGAAUGCCUAUUACAAAUAUUAUCCAACUGCGCCACCCAGUCGCUUGGCAUUCAGUCGACCCACCACGACAUCCUCCUCACCCACCUCAGCUGACGAGAUCAGUUUGCCACCACUUGCAGCUCCAUCCAGUCACUCUAAUAAUCGUGUAGCGCCGGCUCAUGUGACAGAUAGACCCCCGUCUCCAUGGUUGCAAACAAGACGCGCACGCAGAUAUCAAAAACCAGAUAUAAAUGACUCCAUGGCCUAGACGUAAUAUAUUGAGCCAUUAUACCACACCUAAUCUAGUCAUUACCUCCUUAAUUUUUUCGUCAUUGUAAUAGUAAUACGGCAACACCCUCACCCAACACCAAUAGAAUAACAAAAAAAAAAAAAAAA